AUGGCAACAAAAUCAAAAACACUCCUACUACUAAUAAUAACAAACUUUAUAAUCGCACAAACACAGUUAACAUCAGAAGAAAUUAAAACAAUAAAAGACAGCGAAGAAAUUACUGAUGACACAACAACGGUAGUAGAAGAAGAUGAUGUUAGAACUACAACAGAAUUUAGCGUAACUCCAGAAGAUGUAAAGGAUAAAGAAGAUGAACAGGAGAGUGCUGAGACGGUGACUGAAGAAACCAGUGUGGAUGUCACUGCACCAAGCUCUUCGAAUGUGGUCGAUGAUAUUGGAACUCUUGCUUCGAAUUUAAGUAACAAUAUUGAAGCGGUUACUAAGACUGAGACAGUGCAAAUGACAGCCACAACGAGGGCUAUGGAGGAGGAACCGUCCCCGAAGAUGCAGGAGACGGAAGAAGAUGAAUCGUCCGGUCAGAGGAACCCUAAGGCAGAUAAUGACCCAAAACCAGCGCUAGACAAGAGGAACUUCGACACCCAACCUCCUUUCAAACCGCAGACAACUCGCUCCGUUGUCAGGAGCUGGCUACAAGACUGCUGCGUUAGACCACCAGCUGGUAUCAUGGUGCCUUUGAGAGCAGCUGCCUUGGCGAGGGCUUUAGCUGUAUGGAGCGACCUGACUGUACCAGCGCUGAAUUUAAGCCACGUUUUAGUUAUGGGGUAUGAUUCAAAUGGAGUCAACUGGAGAUCGAGACACAACCUUCAGCCGUCCAGUUCUUCAAGUGAGAAGACCGUUGCAGAAGCGUUAUCCAAGCUCCUACGAAAGUAUCAGGGUGUGAACACAGAUACAACGAAUGACGGUACGAUGAGAGCUUUAUCGACAGCAGCCAAGCUGGUACCGUACGACAGUGCUCUCUUCAUCAUCACGGACAAAGGACCUGGAGAUCCUCAGCGACUGCCACUAGCUUUGAGGGCGCUGGUUGAAAAACGGCUGAAGGUCUACACAAUAUGGACAGAUCCAGCUCAUCCAUCACCACAGUCUGAAGAAGCUCUCCAGGAGUUGAGGAAUGUCUCCAAACACACGGAAGGAGAGGUCAUGCCGUAUCCACUACAAGUUAUGGACAUGGAAGGAUCCGCCAACUUGGCUGCAGAGACUGAGCUGGAGCAAUGGAACCCCUUGGACCCUAAGCAGGGCAGACGAGGCAGAUUGCAUAACGACUUGGGCCUGGAGAAAUUUGAUCUGCUGUUGGUACGUCGUGGAGGUGGACAAGCCAUAUCUCUAGGAGUUCCAGUGGAGAACGGAGUUACAGCAUUGAGGGUCUUUAUCGAGGGAGCCGUAGAACAUGCUGUACUGUACCCUCCUAAUGAUGCCCCUCAAAUCGACCUGUACAACACAACAUCAGUGGCCGCGUUCUCGUCCACAUCGAGAACCGAGGGUAUGUCUCCAAGAGACGUCUACCUGAUCUUCCCCGGCACCAAGUAUGAUUUGGACAUGUUAUCCGUGCUACCAGUAAGUCCGAACAGACCAGAAGUGCAAGCAGCGUACGUAGGCAUGUGGCACCUCAGCGUCCGAUGUGACACUUGUGACUACCGGCUCAUGGUAUCAGCCAGAACCCAUAUACAUUUCGACGUGGAGACUGAUACUCCUGAAACACUCAAGUUCCGAGUGACGGGACCAGUGGCCAGCGUCAGGGAGUCGCAGCUGGUGGACGAGUACAGCACGGAGCUGGCUAAACUACCAUUCAGCUACCAACCCAUAACUGGAGACGGUCAGAAUGAAGAGAUCGACCCCAUAGUGGAGCUGGUAGCUGAUGUUGCGCUACCACCAGUGAAGGCAGCUAAGGUCUACGCUAAAAUCGUCGGCAGAGAUCUGAGAGGUGAACCAUUCAUGAGGUUAUCAGGACCUCUGAACCAACCAGAAAUUCGUAUGGGACGCUCAGCAUCUAUGGUGUAUUCUGACUCAUCGAACGACUUGGAGAAAAUGGAGGAAUUUGAUACUAGGGCAUACAAUGCUCAACUGCUGUUUAAUCAGAACCAAAGUGCUCAACCCUACAGCAGAGCUAUGUCACAGGUUGUUAAUCAACAAGGAAUAGUGCUAACUGCUGUUCAAAUUGGGCUGGCUAGCAGGUUAUAUGGAGCUCCAGGAGAAAGUUUACAGGUUCAUUUCGAAGUCACAAACUACAGAGAACAGUCAGUAAGGUUCAAUUUCGGAGCCACAGGAGAACUGAGAUUUUUGACUGGAAUCAAUCCUACCAGUCAAACCGUGACACCUGGACAGACAGUCAACGUGAUAGUAAGCCUCGUCAUAUCCCCAUCAGCACAACCAGGAUUGAGAGACACCAUCACUUUUACCGCGUAUGGUUCAACAGGAGGCGAGCAAGUAUCCUUAUCCGCCUACGUCUACGUAUCCAAUUCAGCAGAACCUAUCGACACCUUUGCUCCGGAGAUAAGGCAUACUUUCCAGGGCACCUGUCUAGGCAGGACUGGUGAUGACUGCGCUCAACAUGCUUGGUCCACCACUAUUAUUACCAGGGAUAGUCAGUCAGGUCUUCUCCGGCUAACAUCAUCUCCAGUUGGAGUCAUGUAUACGAGUGACUUCAUCUCGGGAACCCGUCAGGAGGUCACAGCUACAUACAGAGCAACCUGUUGCGCGCCACGAGUAUUGUUGAACGCCGUGGACGCUUUUGGCAACACGAAUAGCUAUAUCAUUGAUAGUUCUAACCACCUAACAGGGGCGGCGAUAGCAGCUAUCGUUCUCGGAGUUCUCCUGGCCAUAGCCUUGCUAGCCCUGCUCAUCUUCCUCAUCGUAUGGUGCGUGAGGAAACGGAAGUCAUCGCGCGAACUACCAUCAUACAAUACAUCGAGAAAUUAA